UUUCUUCUAUACUGUGUGCCUCCGCUGGCUACUACGAUUUGCCUCAACGCCGUCGCCUCCUGUGUGUGCCUUCUAUUAUUUCUUUUUUUUUUGGGAAGCCGAAGGCUUCUUCGCUCUUGGACUUGCUGGUGAUCCGACGGUUGAUGAUGACGACGAGUACGAGGACGACGUCGACGACGGCGAGGUGUACUACGAUCUCUCAUCACACACACGUCACACACAACACGACGGAGUUCUUCCUCUGGGUUGGAGUUGGACCAAUCGACCACCGACCAGUUCAGAUCAGAUCAGGCGGACUCUAGGACGUGUGUGGUACAUGGCUCCGGAGCCUCCGCGCGAACCGAGUAACCCGAAGGCCGAAGAAGAGUGUGUCCAACAUUUAGUAUAGUUUUUUUUUCGGGGAUUCUGAUCUGGUUGGUCCUGCGGACGGGGACGUUCCGCUCCGCGUCUAGAUUCAGUGUGUGCUACUUUUUAUUGCCAGCGAUUCCUGUGCACUCCUCUGGUGCUUCCGUGGGAGGAGAAGUGUGUGACACGGAGAAAUUGUGUGGUGACUGCCUGCCUGCCUCUUGUGUUUAUACAAAAUCUUUUCAGUUUUUCCCUAAAUUUCAAAACAAAAAAGCAACAAAACAAAAAGUCGUCAAUGUUUAUUAGAAGAAAAAAAAAACAACCAAACGCCAUAAAAAAUUUGAAUUUUUGAAUCUGGUUAAAAAUUACGACAUCGCGCAAGCAAAGCAAGCCAACAGGAAAAGUAAAGGGGAGUAAAAUUGCAUCGCCCAAGCGCCGAAACGAACGAGUAAAAAAAAGAAGUUCACAAACAGCCAAUAAUAAUUUCGUUCAGAGUGAGAGUGUGUCAUAUUAACGCAUUACGAAAACCCAAAAAAAAUUAAAAAUUAAAAGUUAAAGUUGCAUCCAACAACGGCGGACCAUAUCAUCGUGUUGUCGCGUUUGCGGUUCGUUCACGUCUCCAAAACAAGUAAAAAAAAACAGCGAAGAAUUGAAAACAAAAAUUAGUGGGAGGAGUGCUCUCCAUUCCAGAGCAGCAGCAGCCAGCCAAUCAAGGAUGAAAGUGUUGUGGUUGCUGUUGUUGCCAUCGUCACCAUCAUCAUCAUCAUCAUCAUCAACGUUGUUGUUAUCGAUCGCGCGAUCGUCCUCAGUAGUAGAUCAUCAUCAACAUCAACAGCCUAGUAGCAAGGCGGCGAAAAUCGAUGCAAGUGCUGCACUGCGUGACUGAAUAAAAAUCGAAACAAACCCCGGUUAGAGGAGGAGAAAAAAAAACAAAAAUUAAAUUAAACGUGAUCACACAUGUAACAACUUGUUGUUGCUGUUGUUCGUUGGUGAGAGAUCGAUCGUUCAGAAGAAAGCUCCGCCUACUUCGCGCCUCGAUUAUUACUGGGAUUACUCUGCUACGCACACACUAUAGGUAGGGCUCCACCCCUUCUCGCAACCACCAGAGAAGGCAGCCAGCCAGCUAGCUCCUCCCACUGCUCCUCCAGCGGUCGGUCGGGCGGAGAAAAAAAAAAGUGCAAACAAACGAACAAACAAAAGCAAAAAAGCAGAAAACAAACAAUGUGCGUGUGUGAAAUGUGAAAACAACAACAACAACGCUUACUGUUUAGUGACUUUUCCACCUGCGGUGACACGCAAACCCCCCGCGAGGACGACGACGACGACCGCAAAGCCUGCUGCUGUGAUUUGAUUUGAUCCGCGUGCACUCACGAUCAGUGCAGAAGUGCGUUUCCGUGCGUUUUUGUUUCGUUUUGGUCUCGGUUCCGGGCGUUUGUUCCGUUUUUCUCGUCGGUGUUUUUUUUUUGAAGUGUGCCGGUGCGUUGGACUUUUCUUCGCGGACGUCAAACGGCAGUAGUGAUCAAGUUUUGUGUGUGCGUGCGUGCGUGUGUCACACGCACACGACGUGUGCGUGGGAUAACCGAUUAACGUUCCGUUCCACGUUAACGGCCCCGUUUUCCGCCGCCACAAAGGGCAGGAGCAAUUUCUGAUAGCAGCAGCAGCAGUGUGUGAGUGUGUGCGUGCGUGUGGGAUUGGUGCGUGUGCCCACCACCGCCGACGCCGCUGGCUGCCGCCGGGUGUGAUCUUCUAAGCCGGUCUAAGCCACUUUUUGGACGGCUUACGAACCAAAACAAACAAACAAAACAACAAACAAUCUCCUCACGAACGAAGCCGUUCCCUUUAUGGAGUGCUGGACGGGUGACGCCCGCUUGGCGAGAUUUUGCGAUUAAGCAGCGUAAGCUGUCACCGACAUGGGCAGUGAGCAUUACUGCUUGAGGUGGAACAAUCAUCAAUCCAACCUGUUAGGGGUGUUUAGCCAAUUGCUGCAGGACGAGAGUCUGGUGGACGUAACACUAGCUUGCUCAGAGGGCGCCUCCAUCCGAGCCCACAAGGUUGUUCUCUCGGCCUGUUCCUCGUACUUCCAGACGCUGUUUCUUACCCAUCCCGGGCGGCAUCCGAUCGUGAUCCUGAAGGACGUCCGCUUCGCCGAGCUCCGCACGCUGGUCGACUUCAUGUACAAGGGCGAGGUGAAUGUCGAAUACUGCCAGCUGUCGGAGCUGCUCAAAACCGCCGAAUCGCUAAAGGUUAAAGGUCUGGCAGAGAUGACCAACCAGAAUACGACGCUGGCCGAGCCAAAGCGCGAACCGGACCGUCUGAGGCCUCACAGCCAUAGUAGUGCCCAUGCGACGGCAGCAGCAGCCGCCGCCGCUGCCGCCAACACCGCAACCGCCGCCACCAGUCUGACAACCGCUUCCUCACCGUCAUCGGUGCCGGCCGCUACGACCGCCAGUAGUGCCGCAGCCGUUUCACCGCAUCACCAUCAACAUUCGCAGCAUCACCCGUCGCUCGGUUCACCCACGAGCAAUGCUGCGACCGUGGCAGCCGUGGCCGCCUCUCUGGGCAUCACCGAUCUGUCCACGAUAUCGAAAUCCCGUGGGCUGGAUCCGGACGGGCGGAGUCCUUCGCCAACCCGACUCGAUCCGCCCUCACCUGCACCCCUAGCGCUCUAUCCUCCCCUUAGGAAAAAUCGUGAUCAUACGCAUAGCGGUUCGGUAUCCUCAUCGGCAACUACGACCAUCACAACGGCAGCUGCGGAACGUUCCUCCGAGGAGCGGGACAUCGCCGAUCACAAAAGACCCCCGUCGAACAAUGGCAACGCCUUCAGCAGUAGUAGUUUAAAUCUGAACAGUCUCAGCAGCACCGUCGAAGGCCUGAGCAACGCUAACAACGCCGGGACGAUCAACGAAAGCGGGAAUCGACGGAGUGCGGCGGAUGACGAGGACGAUGACGACGACGACGAUGACGACGAGGACAACGAGGAGAAUGGAAAUCUUAUAUCGCACGAACCGGGCACGGCCAGCAGCGAGCAGGACCAAUUCCUUCGGCAACGGUCCGGCGUGAUGGAUGACGACGGUCGACGCAGCAAUUCCGGCGCCAACGUCAACCCCAACAUCAGCACCAAUAACAACAACAUGAGCAUGAACACCUCGGAUGAUGAGUACGAACCGCCGAUCAAGAUCAAGAGUGAAGUCGAAUAUUCCCCUCUCUCAGGACUGAACAUGACCAUCAACUCGCCCGCGUGCCUAGCAAACUCGACCAGCAGUGGCGGUGGCGCUGGCGGGGGGCUGGUAAAUUCGUCCACCGCCGGUGGUCUGCUCGGUGAUUUAAGGCCUUCGUCGCGGGACAGCGGUGGAGGAGGCGGUCGCGGUGGCGGAACUCCGGUGGCCUGCAGUUCAACGACAAUGGCAGUCAACAGUGGUUGCGUGGCGGUGGGUGGUGGUAACGGAAGUGCACUUGGGGGGCUAGUAGUGGAUCGUAGUUCGCCGCGUUCGCUGCGGGACCGAAGCGAGCGGAGUACCUUCGGCAGUGGCGGUAUUCCGAGUCCGCUCUCCGAACCCAUCGCUGGACCAUCCGGGAUGGGACCGGUGCAGCAGGUUCCACUGUCUUUGAAGAAAGAGAUCGACUGGGACCGGGGGGACGACAAGUCGUCCGGUGACAGUUCCUUGGAUUUCCGGCACCCACACGAUUCGGAAGCAUCAGAACCGCAUGCCGCCAGCGGUAGUGUCGUUGGCGGUGGUCUCUGUCCGAGCGGUCUCGGCGGGCCACCGCUGGGGCUCAGUAGUGGUGGUGGUGUUGGUGGUGUUGUCGGAGGAGGAGGAAGUGGCGGCAUUGUCGGCGGAGGUGGUAUGGGUCCGGAUCCGGUGUCAGGCGGCAGUUCCGGUCCGAUCUAUCCGUGCAUGUACUGCGGGGCCACGUUUCCGCACCAGAGCAAACUGACCCGGCACAUACUGUCGCACUCGCUGGAAACGCUCAAGUACCGCGAAACAGCCCACCUAAUACACCCGUCGCGGCUGGCCCUGUUCCAGCAGCAACAUCACGAGCUGACCCAACAGGCGCAGCACCAGCAAGCGGCGGCGGCUGCUGCGGCGGCCGCCUCGCUAGUGCAAUCCUCGCCGUCGCCGUCGCAGCUGACGUCGCCGCACUUUGCGCCCCACCGGACGGGACCGCCGCUCGAUCAGCUGCUCGAGCCGCCGGAUGGUGCCUCGCCGAUGGAGCUCGAAUUCGCCGCCGCCGUCGCAGCGCAGGCCGCUGCGGUCGCCUCCGGCAAUGCGGCCGCCGCCGACCAGGGCAACGUGGUGCUGUGUAAGUUCUGUGGUAAAAGUUUCCCCGACGUGUCUUCGCUCAUCACCCAUCUGCCGGUGCACACCGGCGAUCGGCCGUUCAAGUGUGAGUUCUGCGGCAAGGCGUUCAAGCUGAGGCAUCACAUGAAGGACCACUGUCGGGUGCAUACAGGCGAGCGACCGUUUCGGUGCGGGAUGUGCGGCAAGACGUUCUCUCGCUCGACGAUUCUGAAGGCGCACGAGAAAACUCACUAUCCGAAGUACGUGCGGAAGUUCCUAUCGCCGUCGCCGAUCGACGGGAAGGACGAAUCGCCCCAAUAGUGUGAAGAUCUGCACCUGCUGAACUUCCUCCUGCUCUACAACCUGCAGCAUCAUUGUGAUAUGUACGGCUUCACCUGAACGCCAGGCCUCCCCCUCCUCCCAGGAAUCGAAACAAUCCGCGCGAUCAUCAGAUACAUAGCAAACAAAAUUCAAACAAACAAAUCCAAGCAGGAACAGCAGAAGCAGCAGCAGUUGGCAGUGGCAAUAGAAUAAUAUUGUGGGAAGCGACGCACAGUCAGGAGCAUCCGUACACUAAAGGAACUUACAAGAAUAAGCAACCCCGACCCCUCGUUCCCGAAAUCCUAUUUUUUCCCCGGCUGUGGACCAUCACCACAGACCGCGGAACAAACAACAGAAGAAGCUAUUACAAAACUAAUAACCAGCAUCUCUCCCCAAUUAGAAUAUGCCCCUCAAUAAGCACACAAACACUCAGAAGUGGUCAUCCUCUCCGGUAGCCCUCAAAAUCGAAAGGAUGAACCGCACCGAGUAAUGAAGCAAUAUAUAAAGAUUAAUUUUAUAUAUAAGCGCUAAUCUUGGAGCAAAGUUUAUACUGAAAAAAAAAAAACAAACCACACACACGCAGAGACACACGUAUGUCAUUAAUAUUGGUGCUAUUUAUACCAAUAAAAACUUCUUAACAGGUAAGGCUAAAACAAGAAAGGUACCGAACAUACGAAGGACACAUACAUAUAAACAAGAAAAACACAGGAAACAAUAGAAUCAAGCAACCAACUAAAACCAAUCAAGCAAGCAAGAGAGGAUCACUGCUGACUGAUGUGUGUUCCGUCGUCAAUUUCUUCGAGUGGAGGUUUUUGACAACAAAAAAAAAACAACACAAAUUUUCGAGGUCAAACUACAGAUACAUACGGAAGUAGGAGAAAAAGAAGAAGAGAUCUGGUGAUUCCAAAAUCCGAUGGAGACGCACGGUGCGGCACCGCCGGUGGUGGCAACUCGUUGAAGUUGAAUCAUCAGAAGCCGUGUGUGCGCGCGCGCGUUAGUGCGCGUAAUUAAUGGAGAAAAGACAUCUGUGAUCUUAUUGAAUAUUAAUUAAUUGAGUUAGUUAUUAAUUAUUGUCUACCCCGGAAACCGAAGCAAAACAGCAAAACAGCAGCAGAAGCAGAAGCAGCAUAAAGAGAAGCAGACAGUAGACAGACUGCGAAAUAGAAAACAGCAAGCAACAAAUGCCUAGAUUUUCAAUCGCGUGUGACCAUAAAACAAUUUGCCCGAUUCGUACUCGCAUUAAUCAUCCUGUUUUUAGUGCUCUUGUUUACAGAUAUUUCAGUGUACAGAUUUUCGUUUUUAAGUAACCCCCCAACAACAACAACAAACACACACACAGUAAUCAAAAGCAAACUAUUUUUCUUGUUAUUCAGCUUAAGAGAACAGAGUUUUCAUAUACUUUUAGUUUCACAGUGGACAACCGCGGUCGGUAGGGCGAAACUACCGAAAACAAUAGAACAUUACAAUUAUAAUACACAUACAGAUAACACACACACACACACGCAAACACAAAAACACACGACGGAGGCGUUAAAAUCGAUGAUUCGGUGAAAAAUAAUGAGAAAAGAAACAAAACAAACAAACGAAGAAGCAUUACGUUCCUUAUUACCAUUAAUGAGUUUAGUUUUAGUGUUUGAAAAUUACCAUUUAGUAAGGUUCUUUGCAUUGUGUAGAGGAAGAAAGGACGAACGCUACGGAAGCGGAAUCUAAUUCUUUCGAUUAGUUGCUCUAAUAAGAAAGAGUGAAGAAAAAUACAGCGUCCUCUCAACAGGACUUCUAGAGAAUUUCUACGAGAAAAACAAAAAAUAAUUCUGUUUAAAGUAAGCUGCAAAACAAAAAUAAAACACAUUAACAAUUUAGACUCUAAAGCAAAAAACCAACGUCUGUAAUCAGCGUGACAGAAAAAAGAUAGUAGAAAUUUAGGCGAAAUUAACUCUAGUUGCAUAUCAUAAGAAAAGUAAUCACCAUAAAAAGAAAAGAAACAAACCACUUAAACACCUUCACAAACAGACACACACACACAGACAAAACACUCACAACAAAUUAUGCGAUUUGAUUCCUUCGAGGUAAUCAAACCCUACUGCAAAAAAGAAUAAGAAAAAAAAUCAAAUAUUAAGUUAUUUUUCGGUUAGAGUAAAUUUAAACAACCCCCGCGUUCACACAGAAAAGAAAAACAAAAACGAAAGGUGGAGGAGAUAAUCAAAAUUGACUGUUUCGGCUUCCUGACGGUGACAAAAACAAAAAGUCAUUACAUUAUUACAUUUUAGGUAACGUAAACCAAAGUUCAAAAUUAUCGUUUCGGCAAAUCUAAGGGAGAGCAAAAAACGUGUUGUGAUAAUAUUCAAGUGAAAAAGAAAACAAAAACUAAACUAAAAAAAAGAAACAAAAGGCUAGUUCAAAUUUACGUUGUUAAGUUAAUAAGCUGGAGAUUCAUCCUCUUUCAGUAGUACUCCUAGUAUUCGUUGAGUAAGAUUAGUUAAAAGUGAGAACCAAAAUUGGCGACUUUUGAAUGCAAAUCCAUUAUUAACAUUUCUCAACCACAAACACACACACCUAAUUAAGUGAAGAAAAAAAAACAACAAACCAAAAGCGUUGCUUGAGGGAAAACCACCACCACCAUCAUUGAACGAAAAGGGAAAAAACAGCGCUUACCUUUUUUGUUCCAAAAAAAAGCGAAGGAUUAAUUAUUCUAACGUCUUUUUUGUUUUGUUUUGUUGCGUAACCAUUGGCUGUGAUUAAAAUGAACAAUUUACGUUUUAACAAAUUGUGUUGUUGUGGUUGUGGCCGGAAGGCCACACACUAAUCUGAAAAAAAAAAAGAAAUUAAGAAGAAAAAUUAAUAAUAUUAAGUAACUUAAUUAUAGGGAACGACGACAAACAACAACCAUUGGCAACUUCAUGGAUCUCAAAAUUCAAAUGUGAUUAACCCUUUUUUUAGUAGUGCCACAAAAAACACUCAGGCCAACCCUAUUUUUAAAUUUGUUUUUUGUCAAAAUUUCGAAAUUUUUUUUUUUCCAAAUCGUACAAAUUAAAAUCCAAAACUUUUAGGCUUAAACAUUUGAUUGUAUCUCGAAAUUUAUUUACCGUAAUUGAGUUAUUUAAUAUAUAUGUAGGGUAAAUCCCGUUUUUCCGGGUGAAAAAAUAAAACAGAAAAUUUAAGAUCACGAAAGCACACAAACACGCAACGCGUUAAAUUCUCCUCCACUUUGAACAAAUUAAGAAGAAGAAAAAAAAACAUACAACCGGCGGCAUGUAUAACGGAAAAAAUCUUUUCAAAACAGCAGCUUAGUAGAAAAAAAUUCAAGCAAAAUUCUCAAUUUUGGACGGACGGAAGGACGGAAGGUACAGUAGUACAGUAGUAGUAGCAAAGCAGGGUAGGGUAGGGUAGGGUAAAACAACAAGUGCGGAAAUCGAACGCUCCGAUUUCCCCAAUCGUACAUUCCAGUUUAAAACCAGACGCAGAGCUUCAAUCAUACACACACUAACACACCUUCACUAACUACUAAAACACACUAAAUGAGGAGUUUCAAUUUUAGUUUGAAUGGUGAGUUUCUGAACAAGAACUUCGGAAGUCCCCUAAAGGAGGAACAAAGGGGUAAUAUUCAAAUCAAUCAAUCAUUUUUGAAAAAAGUUCACCAAAUAACCGGUAACUUGUAACAGUUUUGAGUAUUUAGUGAUUACAAUGUGAAAUUAAACAACGUUUCGGUUCAAUUCUUCUGGACAUUUCAAGGGUAUUACGGUACAGAAUAACUAACUGAGUUUGGUAACCUUCAAGAAACGGUUACAACUUCCUCCGAUGUUAAACAGAAAGCAAAUGAACAUUUUCCUUUGGUAGUCAGGCAGACCCAAGCAUGCCUUUAACCCGCAAUAUUUCCAUUUCUUUUUGGGCAACAGUCCGACUAUCGAUUCCAUAUAUGGAAUUAGAAUGAUCCACAUUUUCGUUUGUCUUGGACGGCCAUCCUCCCUUGGUAUGCGCUUUUUAAGCAUUCACAUCCAAUCGACACAGGAUCUGUCUGAGAAGUAUCGUACUCUACCGAAUUCUCCACUAAAUAUUGCUUUCGUAGGCCUCUCAUCCGACAACUUUACUACGUGGUCAGCCGACUGUGAUGGAAUCGAUGUCAACCACGAAGCUCAAGAGUUAAACGCAAUUGUGCGUCAACGCAUCCGUCAAUAGAGUCAAUUUUACAGUUAACCCGUGUGAAAACUGUCAGAAUACCGAUGACGGAUACGUUGACGCACAAUUUUGUUUCACCCUUUAGAAACGUGUAAGGCUUCGUAUUGAUCCUCUGCACGCCUGCCAUUCGUAGAGCAUCUUCUAAUGUAAUGUUGAACAGCAAAUUCGAUAGUCAUCUAACGUCACGAACUAGUCCGAUAUCUGACCGGCUUGAAAUUGAACUAUCAAAAGUAGCACCUGGCCACUCAAGCUGUUUUGUUGAAAGACCAUGUGCAAGCCACAACUCAUUUCGCCUAACUGAAUCGUACACCGCCUUGAAGUCUAUAAACAGAUGGUGCAAUCAGAACUUGUCGCGUUCCCUGGCCACCGAGAAGCUUCCCAUCUCAGAAUCGGCGUGAGGGAGAAUUUGGUAUGCACAGUUGAGGAAAGUUAUACUUCGAUAAGUGCUGUAUUCGAGUGCAUGACCCGUUUAGUAGAUAUGAGACCACCUAACCAGUCCGCUGGUACAUUCUGCUCAGUCCUUAGCUUUAACAUAGUCUGAUGGAUUAUACGCUACAGCUGAAGGAUGCCGGUCUUUCCAGCUGGUUUGACGUUUUUCAGCUCUGAGGUUGCCGUUUUCGUUUCGCCCAAAGUUAACGGAUCUACAGCUUGCCCAUUUUCCUCAAUCAUAACGGAUCGUCCGUUAUUCAGCAGCACAUCUAGAUGGUACUAUCAACGCUUGACCACCUCCGAUUUUUUUUAUGGGAGCCUGAACCACUGCGACCAUUAGUUAGAUCUAUUGUGGUAUACUCCGAGUUGUUGUUUGCAUAAUCAGUUCGUUCCAUCACUAUGAGUCAGAGUGUUGGUCGCCCUAUAAAUUUGCAUUUCCCCCCAAGAAGGAAUGACUUCCUUAAUGAAUUUCAGUACCUUUUUUGUUUCAGCAGACCAUAUCUCGCUAGGCGUUAGAACGCCCUCUCCGAGAAUACGCAGUUUUCGUUGAAUUAGUGCGCUGCAUUGACACUAAUUGACAGUAUAUGUUCUAAGGUCUCGAUCUCAAAAUUACAGAAUCGACAUAUAUCAUCUGUCAGCUUACCUAUAUUUUUGAGGUGAUAUCUGCUCGGACAGUGUCCGGUUAAAAGACCGGUCAGCAUACUCAGAUCCACUUUAUUCAAACGGAUUAAGCUGCGUAUGAUGCUUUUGCAUGGCGUAAUGAAACGCUUUGAUUGUCGUAAUGUUGGAACAGCUCUCCAGUUGGCAUCAAUCGUUGAUGAUUCCCAGACUUUGAGCUCAGCUUUUACGCAGGCUGUAGACACCCCGCAGAAUGGCUCAGGCCCAACGAAUUCAGUUGAGGAACCAAUUCUCGCUAAGAGAUCGGCCUUUCCAUUUUUUUCUAUACCGGCAUGACCGGGUACCCAGUAUAAAUUAACAUUGUUAGUUAAUGCCAAUUGUCUCUUAGGGAGAGGAUGCAUUCCCAAACCAGCUUUGACUGGCAUGUGUAUGCCUUUAAGACAUUUAGAGCUACUUGACUAUCGGAGAAAAUACAGAUAUUUGCAUGUCUGUAUUUCCUAGUCAAGCAGCCCUAGUUUGAAUAAGUUGAUAUGGCAUGUAUUUCUGCUUGGAAGACUGUGGGCCACUGUCCCAUUGGAAUUGAUAUGUCGAUUCGUGGUCCAGUAACCCCAGCUUCAGUAAAUUUGCCAAUUUUAGAACCAUCGGUGUAAAACAGGAGUGAUCCCGGACGAGUCCUAGGACCACCUUCUUCCCAUAAUCUACGAACGGUUUCGAUUACUUUGAAGUUCGAAGUUCGUCCUAGUUUCCAUCCAGUCUUCGUUCAUGAUUACCAGGGUGUUCAGUUGAAAAUCUCGGAGGAUUCGUAGGUGUCCAUAGAGAUACCUCUCUUAAAAAUGUUUAACACGCCUAAGCCUAAGAGCACCUUUUUUUGCUUCAAGAUUUACGAAUUGGUGCAACGGUAGAAGAUAUACACAGCUAUUCUAUAUUUCGAACGACUUGGUAUUUCGAACGAAAGUUGCUUCGAACGAAAUUUCCGCCAGCAAAAUCAAAUGGACAAAACAUCUCGUUCGAAGCAAGUCGAACGAAAUAAAGACUCGUUCGAAAUACAGAAUAGGGGUGAUAAAAGAGCAUCUAGAACUUUGGAAGGUGUGCUGGUCAUUGCUGCAGUUAUUGAAGAGCACGCCAUACGUUGUAGCUUUCCAAGCAUUUUCUUAGCUGUUAUUUGUGUAGUUUAAGGCCUCCACAUAAGCGAAGCAUAUGUUAGUCUGAGUCUCACAAUUGUCGAAUAGAUCCAGUGAAUCGUCCUCGGUUUAAGUCCCCACUUUUAGCCAAAUGUAUUGCUGCAAACCCAAAGAGCAUUGUUUGCUUUUGAGAUUGCAUACUCUAGAUGAUCGUUCCAAUUUAGCUUAUGGUCAAGCAUAACACCCAAGUAUUUUGUACGUUUGGAUAGCUGCAAUUGGACUUCCCUCAGCUGCAGAGCUGCAAUACUGUAUUUCCUUCUUCUUGUAAAUGGUAUUCUGACUGGUUUAGAAGGGCUAAUACUUAGUCCUUCCAAGGCACACCAUUUAAGUGUGUAGUUCAGGGCAGAUUGCAUUCUAUUGGAAAUAGUAUGUUCAUACUUUCCCCUUACUAAAAUUGUUGUAUCGUCAGCGAAUCCUAUGACUUCAUAGCCUUUUUCAACCAAUUUAUUUAGAAGAUCAUCGACUACUAAGAACCACAGCAUAGGAGAUAUGACUCCCCCUUGAGGGUAACCUCUAGUUGGUUUUGUCGUUAAAGUAGAUCAUCCCAGUUAUGUAGUUAUUGUGCGGUUGGUUAGCAUAGCAUGUACUCAACUGGAAAUGCACCUGUCAAAACCCCGUUUCUCCAUGGCUUUUUUAUUGAAUUGUGGGAGGCAUUGUCAAAUGCUCCCUUAAUAUCAAGAAAAGCUGCAGGUGAGAUUUCUUUAUUGACAAAAAAAGACUUUUCUAUUUUUGAAAUCAACGUAUGAAGUGCAGUUUCAGUUGAUUUUCCUGCUUGGUAGGCAAACUGGAAUUUGUUCAAAGGUCUUCUUUUCAAAUAUGAUAAUUUGAUAUGAAGGUCCAUGAUUUUUUCAAACGUUUUUAAAAUCACAGAUGUGAGACUGAUCGGUCUGUAUGCUUUAGGAUUUGUCCUGUCACGUUUUCCCGCUUUAGGAAUGAAGAUAACCCGGACUCCUCUCCAUUUCUUAGGAAUGUAUCCUAGUACCAAACUUGCCCUAAACAUCUUUGUCAGAAGAGGAACCGUGAUAUCCUUGCUUUUUUGUAAUAGCACUGGAUAAAUUCCAUCUAAUCCUGGAGACUUGAAGGGACUUAUAGAAUCCACUGCCCACUCAACUCUCGACUCCGUGAAAAUAGUACUGGCUAAUUUUUGAAAUCCAUCUUCGUCUCUAAUUGAACUAGACUGAGCUGCGUUGAAGCCCUGUGCGUCAUCGGAAGAAGUUUGAAUUGAGUCUGGAAAGUAUGUGUCUAUCAUGAUACUAAGCAAUUCCUGAGAAUCGGUUGUAAACUGACCAUGUUUAUUUUUUACGCUUCCAAGUGAUCUUUUGAAAGGGCUUUGUGAAGUCUCGCUACAACAGGCAAGCUGUCAACUUGCUCGCACGUAUUCCUCCAAUCCCUUCUUUUAGAUUUACGAAUUUCUCGAUUGUACUCUGUUAGACAUUCUCUAUAAUUAGUCCAAUUAGAAGUAGCCUUGGCUUUGUUGAAAAGUUUCCUAGUCAAUUUUCUAAGCUUUUCAAGCUUUCGAUUCCACCAUGACGCGUCUUUGCUUGAAGUUUUCCGCUUCAGUGGGCAGCUUUCCUCAAAAGCUGUCAUGAUAUUAGUGGUAAACGUUGACGAGACUGUUUCAAGUUGCUCGAUGGAAGCUGUAUUAUCCAUCGGUAUAAAAUCAUCGUUCAAAAGUUUGGAAAAGUAGGUUGGGUUUCCUUGGGUCUCUGAAUUGCUCGAAAAAAGAUCCCUAGAAUUGUAAUUAAACAUUAUAUGUUUAUGAUCAGAUAACGAUUGCUCAUCCGACACAUGCCAAUUCUCAAUCAUAUCUGAUAAUUUAUAUUUUAUUCGGCAUCUUGACUGAUUCCCUUCUUCAGAGGCGUUCUAUUAUCCCUCUGAUUGGAAUGGUUUCCAAUUGCACGUGUGCCUGUCGGUUUCUGAACAUUCAUAGUCGAGACCUUGAUACCUUCAGAAUGACCAGCAUUAUCAGCAGAGCAUUCAUAGCUUGUUGAAGGGCGUGAGUCACCCCUCUGGGACGAGAUGUUAUUGGUGCAUCUAUGUAACCGAUGACGAUCUUAAUGGACUGGGUCCCGGGCACUUUCCAUGCGUUUUCUCGAGAAGCUCAUAGACACUACACUGCCAUCUUGGUACCAUAGCUGGCGUAACAACACAUUUCAUGAAUCAUCUAUUGCUAACCUGGGCCGUAAAAUGGCAUUGUGGCACCUUUGGGGAAGACUCGAUUUGGUGCUCCCACGUUUCUUGAAACCGUGUUCCUUCCAAGUUUAUUAUUUUUGAUAAGAUUGUAAGCCACCAACCAGUUUCUGAGCCUGCGCUAAAUUCUGGACCACAUUUUUCGUCAGAUUUUGUUCCAAACUUUGUAAAACAUUUUGGAACAGAUUUGUACUAGAUUCUGGACCAGAUCUUGGACCACAUUUUCAAUCCGAUUUUGGGCUAGAUUUAGGACCUAGAGCAGAUUUCGGGCCAACGUUUUUGACCUGACAAUGACUUGGACUAGAUCUUGGGUCGAAUUUUAAACCAUAUUUUUUAUCAGAUUUUUAACCAGGUUUUGAAUCAGACCUUAGAUUAGAUUUUGGACUCAGAUUUUAGAUCAGGUCUGAACCGGCACCAGGAACAGGGGGCCCAACGUGCACGAUGGCUCGACCAGGUCGAAAGCGAUUUGCGACUUCUGAGACGACUAGGGAAUUGGCGACGAGUGGCCCAAGACCGACGAGAUGAGUGCUUGAAACAGCACGAGCCACCCCGGCUCUAUGCUGCUGAAGAAGAAGAAGUCUGAACCUCAUUCUGGAUCUGCAUCAGCUUUUGGACCAACUUUUGGACCACAUUUUUAUCGGAUUUGGACCAGAUUCUAGACCUGAGCAUGAUCUUGGAGCUACAACAGGUUCUAUAUAGAUCAGAUUUUGGAUCACAUUUCAUCAGAAUUGAACCAGAUUUUGGAUAAUAUUUUGGACCACAUUUUUAAUUAAGUUUUGGACCAGAUUGUGGACUUUGCCCCGAAUCCGGACCACAUGUUAUAUUAGAUUUUGAACCACAUUAUUGCAUCAAAUUUAGGUCCAGAUUAUGGAACCGGAUCGGAAUAUAAACCAGAUUUUGGGCCACAAUCUUGAUCAGAAUUUAAACCACCAACCAGAUUUGGGAUCUGAUUUUGAACCAGAUUAUGGACCUGUAUUGGAGACUUUGUACCAAUUUUUGAACAGAUUUGCACUAGAUUCUGGACCAGAUUUGGGAGUACAUUUUUAAAUAAAUUUUGGCUAUAUUUUGGAACUGUAUCAAUUGUUGGGCCUCCAGCAAAUUCUGAGCCAGAUUUUGGACCACCUUUUUUCCAAAUUUAGACCAAGUUCUGGAUAUUAUUUUGGACCACACUCGAUUUGCACUCGAGAGUCCCUUGCUGAGGCUCUGAGGCUGCUGAGCCCCCUAGACGCGAGGGGGCCAGUCUGGCCAACUGCACGCUAUGGCGUUGCAGCCUGGGUUGCAGCCGCGCCCCAGACAAUCUGUGCUGCAGUGAGAUGCAGCGCGAUCUUGGUAUUCGCCAUGGUUGGUAACCCGAUCCCCGCUAAGCUUCCCCGUAACCCAAAUGACUCCACGAGGAGGGGGGAGGUCUGUAACGGCCUCCAACGCAACAGAACUAGUUGGUGAUUUUGACCGAUCGUAAAUGACAUCAGUGCCAAUCAUCAAUCAAAACAUGGACGGACCAACAUGCUCGGCCCAUGGUUGCCUGUCUUCAAUGACUUGAAAGUCCCAUAGUUCCUAGGUUUUUCUCCAACUGGUAUAACCACCUAGCUCGCUGCUUUUCCAGCUUUAGGGCGCCAUUCUCCCAUUCCCCGUCAAACACACGAUGCUCAAAAAACGGUCAAUACUUGCAAGUCUCCGUCGAGCAUUGCUCAUGUUUCGUGUCUGUAGAGAACUACCGAUGUUUUUAACGUUUUUCAUAUGAUACACUUAGCGGAGGUAACCCUUACUCCCCCUUACUAAAGUCUUGUUGCGCCCAUAGUAACCAAAAUUUCCGGCAAUACGUCUGUGGAUUUCUCGUAUAUCUUACUACUUUCGUGUACUAUUUUCGUGUUCGAUAGUAUCAUAAACGGCCCUAAAAUGGAUGAAUAUAUGUCAUUUACUGUUCUUGUGGUACACUUAACAUCCCAACAUUGAAUACAAUGCAAUAGAAAAAUAUCAGCUUUCUUUAUGCAGUAUAAAAAUCUUUUUUGGGAACUCAUUAGCAUUGUAAGACUAAUGGACGAGGAAAACAUCUGUGUGUGUGAGAUUUUUUAGCCUAAACCGGCGGUUCGAAUUGGCAGGAUCGCCAAUGUGAUAGCCGGUAGCCGGUAAGAGUGGAUGGAUGGUAAAUUACUAACAUUCAGUCAGGAGCAGGACCCCUCGUGUUAAUAAUUGAUUUCAACUAUUUGUUGACCUUCCUUAUUUCACACAUUUUGAUUUCGAAGUUUUUCAUGAAUUUUAAGAAAUUUUACCAUAUUUUUUUCUGAAAAAAAUUGUUUAAAACUAAUCGACGUUUCGACAGGUUGCGUAAGUGCCUCUUUCAGAGUUAUGAAGUUAUCAAUCACUAUGGAAAAUGCAACUGCAUUUUCACGGACUGCAGGUUUUACAGUAAAAGUUGAUUUGAGCAAUACAAAUAUGUACAAAUUAAUCGAUUUGUAUAAUUUGACCAUUACGCUCGACUCGGCAGUGACCGAAUCGUGACGAUUUACGCGACUUACGUGACGAUUUUUCCAGAAUAUGUUCCAAAUUUUAUCCCAUUCUACCAACGGAAAACUUUAAUCCGAUGUUUUAUGAUCUAGGAUUAUGUCUUACCGCAAGGUGUCAUUCUAAGAUUUAGAUGAGUGAUUUUGAACGCAUGAAGCACCUCCCAAGUAACAUUUUGGGUUUCAUCACACUCUUAUGACGGCAUUUAAGACCAAAAUUAUUCUUGAAGACCUCCAUAAGAGUACAAUAAAAUAUACAUUGUUGCUUGGGCUGAAAUUCAGGACAGAUUGUAAUGUUUCGCAUGUCAUUCGAUUCAUAACAGAUACAGCAAUUGUGUGGGUCUCGUUAGACGUAUGUUUUUCAAUCGCUAGAUAAUGAAAAUAAUCCAAAACUUUCCCUACUCAUUUUUAAUGAAUGUUCAUUUGACUAAUGUUAACCAUAUAACGCAGGUUGAAGAGAAGAAACAAUCUACGAAGUUUGCGUAGUGCUCCGCUCGACAAAAACGACGUGUGACGUUUCGACUACUUUUGUUGGUCUUCUCUAAGGUAUUGAUUACUUAAGUUUUGAAAAUUGUGGUCGAAACCAGAUUAGCUUGGCUACGAAGUUUGUCGAAUAACAAACAAUCAAGAUAAAGUCCAGACUUCUUGAGCAUUAAGCUCAUUUAUAUGUACCAAUUCAGGCUGGCAAGCUUUAGCAUUGCAAAGGUUUCUCAUCCGAUCUUAUCGGCGUUUUAGCACCAAGUAGUAGACUUCAAUACUAACUUUUAAGAUUUUGUAGAAUUCGCAGUAACCACGACUUCCGGCAAAAAUAUGCCAGCGUAUUUCCUAUUAUUUUUCGAUUCUGUGAAUAAAAGCCACACCAAUGGAAUCAUUAUAAAAAUUUUUCCAGCAUCCGGCAAAGUGCAGUUGUAAAAAGAAGAGAAAAUUUCAAUUUAAUGAUGAUUUUACACGUUUCUAAAACUAUUUUCUUGAUCACAUGAUAUUGGUGUUGAGUUUCUCGUUGUAAGAAACGCGAAAAAAGCAAUCGCUAAAUUCAAAAAAUUGUCGAAAAAUCAUACUUGUGUCCAUUGUAAGCUAGAAUUCACAGACGAUAAUUUCAAGCUAUUCUGGAAUAUGAAUAAUAUAACAAUAUAAGUUUGGGUAAACAAGAAAUUGGUUUUCAGACUUCUAGCCAGCUUUUCCCUAUAGUGCGAAGAUUCGAGUUGGCAGGAUCGCCAAUGUGAUAUCCGAUAGUUGAAGCAUCUUGCACAACCCAGUUGCGGCAAGAAGCUGUCCUCGCCUUAAUUGGAUCUGAAGAAAAUAUUGUUAGUUGUUGCAUUUGUGGUUCAAUCUCUUCAACAAUAAAACACCUCUGCGGAAGUUCACCCUAUAAAGACCGAAGCGUUGAAAAAUAAGAAGCAUCAAGCGAAACUUAUCUCCACUAUAGUAUCGAAAAAAGCUUGAAAAAUACUUACUGCUUUGAAAAUUGUAACGUAUGCUACGUUACAAAUAAGUUAAAAAUCCAUAAAUUUUCUGCCGGUUGCUAAGUUCCUCAAGUUUUUUGAAAAGCAAGGAUAUAUUUUUCCGAAAACAAAAUCUUUCCAAAAUUAAUCGACAAUUGGACUUGUUAUGUAAAUCUUUUCGAGGAACAUGAAGAACAGAACUUAGCAUGAAUGCAUUUUACAAACAUUUAAAAACUGUCUGGCUGCUUCCGAGUCGAGAAAUUUUUAUUGAAUUAUUUUUAUAAACGUCUAAUGAUCGAAAUUAGGCAUGUUUGGUGACAGAACAUUUUUUUUUUUUCAUUUGUUUCCAUGUUCUGGAAUGAAAAUUCUAUGGAAUGAGUCCCAAUUUUAGGCCCCGAACAAAUCCCAGAACCGACGUUUCGGCUCGUUUUGUUGACCUUCUCCAAGGUAUUGAGUUUUUAGUUCGGUUCGGUUUUCGACAGUCCGUUUUGUGGCUCAAGCUUGACAAACUUAAUGAUUGGAACCCAGUGACGUGCUUUGUCUCUGCAAAGUAUUGUAAUUUAAUCCCGGCAGAAGCAUGUGAGGUAAUUUCCAAUUUCCCAACCCAAGGUUUUGUUUUUCAUUUCGCCACAAGCCGCUCUGGUAAUUCCAACAAUUCUGAACAUUCGAAAUUCCAUUUUAGAGACAAAAUUUGCUGGCAAAACUCUGUGGUCACUAAAUUUAAACCCAAAGAUGGAGACUCUCAAAGCAUGUUGUGGCGACCAGAUCUCAUGGUACAUUCUAUCAACUUUAGAGACCACCAACUACGAACCAAUGAAUGGAAAAUUGCUGGACUAAGUUUGAGAAAAUGCUGUUGGAACUUUUCUGGAAUAAGUGCCACAAGGAAGAAUUCUGGGACCACUUUUAUGCUAUCUGACAGUUCAUGAAGAACAUCAAAACCGAUUUCAAAUUCUUUCCGACGUUUCGGCUGCGGUCUGCGGUCUUUUUCGAAACACAAAUAUUGAAAAAUGAUUGAAACGAUUGAAGCUCCUUAACAAUGAACACAAACCUCAGCAAAUUGAAAAUUCCUACAUACAGAUCCACACACACACACACACACAUAGAAGAAGAAGAAGAAGCGAAUGUGUUUCUUUUACCUACAUACACACAAAUAAAUCAAAAGAAGCAACCAACAAACAAACAAACAAGAAGCAGCAAGCAAGCGAGAAAAUAUUUCUAAAAUAUUGUGUUUACCAUAGCUGAAAGUUCCUUUUUGUUAAUUCUGUUGUUUAGUAUAAUUUUUAACUUAAAUUAUUACACUUUUUUCUUUGUUUAUUUUUAUUGACCACACACACACAUACAUCCAUGAAAUAAAUGAAUGAAUGUGGUGUGAAUGUGCUUUUGAAUUUACCGUGUUUACUACAAUUACAAUUAUUUGCAACUUUUGCUACGUUGUUUUUUGCCACGCGAAAAGCAAAAUAAAACGGAAACAAUAGAGUAUCAGCAGCAGCAGCAGACACACGCAGAACAAAACAAACAGGCUCACGCAGUGUUUACAACAGAAACCGGAAACCAUCUGCGCGAGAAAAAAAAAACGGGUGGAAAAGAAAAUAAGGAAACCAGAAAACAAAAUAAUAAUAAAUAUAUAUUUAUUUUUCAUAUAUUUACAUGAUAAUUUCUGCAGAUUGGACUGUUACAAGACGGUAAACAACAAACAAGGUCACAACAUUGUUAGGCAGUAAGAUGAAAUAAAACGGAAACAAACACAGAAUUACAUAUACAGUUUUUUUUCUUUCAAUAAGGGAUAGCGAAACACAAACACACACAUAUACACAUCUACACGUACACACUUAAGCAAACGAAGAAUAAAACAGAAACGGAAGAAAGUAGACGAGGUAUGUGGUAGUGAUAGAAGGAGGAAAUUGAGAAUUUUGUUUUAUCAUAAACCAAGCAGCACACACACAGCAGAGACAGACAAGCAAAACAACACCCCCUGAGGUUUGAACUAAUAACAAUAUUACGAUAUAGUAUAUAGCAAAAAGAAGAAAAAAAAAACAAGAUGGAUUAUGCUUUAAGGAGUAAUUCCAUUUUGAUGAGAGUUUUUUCCGUGAACUCGCGUGUAAAAUAGAAAUGAAGGUAAUAUUAUUGAAGAAAAUCAAUUAUUAUUAUACUAAUUCUAUAUAUAUACAUACAUAUACUUAGAAAAUAUUUUAGUACUAUUACAACAAUAAAUAUAAGCGCAAGGUAAGAAACAAAAAAAAAAACAAUUAUAGCAAUAAUUAUCACUUAAAAAUAUCUUGCAAAUAAAAAGGAGAAGAAAAAAACAAAAAUAAUUAAACCGUAGGAUCUAACAGUAAGAGCAUAGAACGUAUUUAUAUGGAAAAAAUAUACCUUUUAUACGAAAGAAAGAAAGAAAAAAUCAGAAAAAAUGAACUUAUAUCAACACACACACACUUAAGCAAAAUAGUUACACACACCACGACGCAUACAGAGGAAGAAAAAUGUUUGAAAAACAACUAUCACACACACACACACGGACACCGCGCGAAACCAUGCACCUUCUCACACACACAAACACCGCUAACAACAUCACGAGUUUCUCGUUCUAGGGCUGAAAGAAAACACACACACUCACACUCUAUUUCGGCAAGACUUUAGGCGUUCAUUAGGGCGUAAAAUUUUUGGGCUUUUUCUCCUCGAAAUAAGAUUGAAAAAAAAAAACAACAGAAACACACACACACCACAGACACAUACUUAGAGAGAAAACGUAUCAAAGCAAACUCUAGAAUUGCGAAAAGUUUGCAACUUAAAGGACAAAAAAAUCAUAUUUUUAUAUAGCAAACAAAACAAAAAGAAAACAAAGAAGAUCCCCCGUUACACACAUACUCACACACACAACAAAACAUCGUCUAUCGAUUUGAAAGAAGAAGAGAAAAAAACGAAAAUACAUACACGACUCAAUAGGAACACAUUAACACACACACACACACACACACACACAAACGCAAAUAUGGCUGCCGACUCGCGUCUCGCAGACAGCGAACAAAAAACCGGCGUGUUGCGACUCUGUCGGCCGGCCGAUUUGUGUAGCUUAGAGUGCCUCUAAAUAAAAAAGAAAAAAAAAAUAAUGGAUGAAAAUAGAAACACGUUGACAUAAUUUUGAAACCAAUAUUAACUACCAGAUAAUGAAAGAAAAAAAAACUAAAUGUAGAGAAAGCAGAAACAUAAAGCAGAAACAUAGCAGAAAGAAUUAAGAAGAAGAAGAAAAAAACAUACAGAAAUCAUAGAUCGUAAGAUUGAUGAUGAUUUAUAUAUAUACAUAAUAGAUAUGAGCAGCAGUCACACACAAUAAGUAAAGCGAUGAUAAUGAAACAUAAAAAACAAAACGUUUGGAAUGAAAAUACACAAUAACAACAACAUGCAGACAAAAACAUACACUCAAAAACACAAACACGUAGAAAGAGGAGACAACACUUUUGCGCGACUUGCACGAGUCACACACAACAAAAAAACACACAGAAAAACACGCUCACAGACAACGUCACACAUUGUUGAAAAGAGUUGACAAGAGAGAAAAACAAAAUAAACCAAUAAAAAAGAACAUAUAGCAUGCUUCAGCGUUAAAGCGGCCCCCUGCUGUUUGAGUUGUCGCUUCUCUCGGUUGAUUACACCCCCUCGUAUAAGAUAUGAAAAAAAGAAAGAAGAAGAAAAAAAACUAGGUGAAGAAAAUUAAAAUAAAACAUAGACAGACAUACACACACACACAAUAAUCUGUGAUUUUGAUAAUAACAAGAAAAAAAAACUGCAAACAUUUAAAGCGAAACGGUGACGAUGUUUGGAAGAUUUUUGAGCGAAAGCGAAAUUCGAAAUUUACCAAAAGUAAAAAAAAAGAAACAAAAGUAAAACCACAGUAUCAUAAGCAAACGAAUGAAAAAAAAACAACAAUUGGCUGUAAUUCUUUAGGAACUGAUUGAGUAAAAAAAAAAACACGCUUAGUUUGGCAUUUAUAUUUUUCGGCAAACGAUACUAGUCAAAAUUCAAAAUUAUACACCAAAAUUUUCUAGCUUUAUUGUUAUUAUCAUAAUUAUAAUUAACUGAGUUUCGGUUCGAGUUAUGCUUUACACCAUUUUUGGGCAAAUCGUGUAGAGAACCAAAAACUGAAAAUCAUACGGAAAUGUUACGAGAAGAAAUAAAAAAAACCAUUUAGAAUGUAAACAAUAAACAGUCAUAAAAUUAUAAGUUAAGGCCCUGCGUUUAGAACAACAAAAAAACAAAUAAUGAAUAAAAUCUGAGUAACAAUUAGUUCGAUUUUGGAUGGCAUACAUUGUAAGUGUAAAAAAAAAACAUAUUUAAAAGUUGUAGCAAAAGGAAAAAAACUAAUGCAACGCGACGACUGCACAGUAGGCGAGCGAUCGAAAAACAACAAAAGCGAGUUAAACACGGUGAAGACUUUAGGAAAACAACCGAACAGAACCAACGGAAUAAAACAAAAAACAAAACCGAAAAAAAUGACAACAACUAGACACGUUUCUCGGCCAAGAGGUACGCAUGGGAUUCAACAAUUCUCCUCUACAAAUACACUCACACACCUACAACACAUAUAAUAAGUACGAUACGGCGAGGCUUUUAUUUGUACCUUUUCUUUGUGUCUUCUUGCACCUAAGUAGAAAAGCUUCGUAGAGAAACCCCCCCUUCCUUCGUGACUCUACUACAGAGAACAAUAGCUGGUUAGGUUAUUUAGAGAAAGUAAAACAUCCAAUUAAUCAAUAGAACAGUGUACCAAUCGGAUUAGUUUCAGUUGUUCUUUCAGAUCAGAAGCAGUGCUACACCCAAAACAUAUGCAAUGCUGCAAAACCGAUGCGAAGAAAAAAGAAACACACAGGAGACACUCACAACUCACACACACAAAAACAUGUAAACAAAGAAAAAUAGAACAAGCAGAAAUUAAGGAAAUAAAUAGCUCAGGGCAACUCAAAUUCUUCCAUAAUAUAUCAAUAGAGAAACAAGACAAAAUACACACACAGAAAACCAACACAUGUAAGAAGAAAAUAACAAAAAAAAAACAAAACCGAACAAUUAAAACUGGAAAGCCGCUCCAAAACCGACCGACCCGGUUCGGGGACGUUGCGCGAAACCCAACUCAACUGUACAUUAAUCCAAGAGCCAGGAAACCGAAUGAAAAAAAAACAACCCGAAUAGUAGAGCAAUUGACAGCAAAACAGAUAUAUAUUUUUUAAACAAUCCACAACAACAGCUAACUGACUGCGCACGGGCAGUCCGAAAUAACAAAAAAAAAAGAAAAAAUCCACACACACACUCACACAUUUCCCCGAGCAAACAAUACAAUCACGCAAAUGUGAAUGGUUUUGUUAUUGGUUUAACACAACCCUCUAAUCCUUCUAUCAACCAACCUCGGAUCCUUUUCCUCAUUACAAACACACACACACAGACUCAAAUCAUAGCCUUAUGAAGGUACUACUACUACUACUAAUACUGGUACAAGCUAGUUGGCCAUAAAUGAUAACAAACAAUUCGCCGUCGGCGUCGAAAGCAACCGGAAGAAUUUACCAUUAGACAACAACUUAGAACAGAAUAAAAAAAAACAAACCUCCAAUCUUUAGUUUCCGAACAAGCAAAUGCGAUGCAACAUCAAGUGUUCUUUCAAACCAAUAUUGAACGUCUCGGAAGGUAGUCAUAUACAGAGCUGUUCUAGGUAAAACGUAAACAAAUAAAACGAAACAAAUAAAAAAAACAACAACAGAGGAAUAUUAAACAGGAUAAUUGAUUAAUUAUUUGCAAUAGUUAUACCGAUAUACUGUGACAGCGCAACAGGAGAAAACAAACGUAAACAAUAGAACUGGUGAUUUUUUUAACAUAUACAACAAAUACAACUAUUACUUAUUACUAGCAAACAAGCAAGCAGGAGAAACAGAACAGAACAAAACAAAACAGUAAAACAAUUAGCGUUUAAACAUGAACUCAAUCCUUAUUUGAACUUAUUGAUUGAUUGAUUGAUUGAUGAUGAUCGAUAAUCGGCGAAACUAUACGAAACUAAACAGAACUAAAAGAACACAGCAAACAACAGGAGAACAGAACUAGAAUAUAACCACGCAACCAACAAUAGAUUUCACAACACAAACCAACCGGAAUAGGUUCACUUUUCUACCAAUAAUAGCAACAACAAAAAACCGGAUAACGAAUCAAGUAAAUUACCCCUACUAUCUAACCUCCAGCACUCGUCAUAAACAGACAAGACUGGCGCACAUAAAAUUUACACUCACAGACAUACGAACAUACCGACAGACAAACGUACCGAAUGCAUCUGGGAGCGAGCGUAUGUAGAUUAGAAGUUUCUAUUUUCCGUCACUAGAGGACAUUGUGGCUGAAAAUCUCUCCUUUUUCUAAUCAAUCAACAAUCGUCAUGAAGUAUUUCUCGAGUAACUAGCAACAUUGUUGCGUAAAAUUGUGCGGAACAAUUGUGGCAGAAAUCAUAAUCCUACUCACCAAUGUUUUUAAAGGUUCCGCCGCCGUUAAUUGAUGAAAAAUCCGUUUUUCUACUAAAUUACUCAAUUUAAGCCUACAACACCAGGAAUGUAAACAAUCACAAUCGACAAGUGAGUGCAUUUUGACGUCUACGCGCGAUCAUUGGCUGCUUUGAUUGCACAACGCAUGCUACUUUGCAAGUGGCAACCCAUAUUUCUGAUUCUUAAAUUUUUCUUAAAUAAAUUGGAUGGAACGAAUGUUCCAAGGAUUCAAGUUUGUAACGUAGAAUUUACGGUAGUUGACCGGAAGCUUACCCGUAGCCGAUGAAAAGACGGAUUCCGGCAUGUUUUUCAGCUCUUUCAUGACCUUGGCGAAGUCUGUUUUGGCCACAAAAUUAUUGCAGUAAAUCCUCCGUUAACAUUUUCAUCGGUCGCUGUUGGAGAAUAUUGGGAGGGUUGGCGGUCUUCAGUACAAUGUUUACCAUUAGCCGGUCCAUCUCUUGGCACAAUGGGCCGAGAACAAGUCCAGCUAAAAGACCUCAUACUUCCUGAUGAAGGCGACAACUUCCGACAGGCACUUCAUACUGAAUCUCAUCGUUCAUCGCAAGCCCAGAACAGUGGUUUGGACAUUCCCUUCGCGGCUCGAUCGUCAGCCACAAAAAGACCUUCUUCGGGAACUUGGUGUGGAAGAUAUGUUGGACGUCACGGCCAACCUCCUUGUUGGAGAACGUAAAGUAUCCGGUCCCAUUAUGAACGCGACGUCGCGCUUCGCCUAAAAGAGAUGUUUUCACCAACACCUCCAGCCACUUCUUCUGGGUGAUUGUCUGCUCGGCAGACAUGGCCGGCGUCAACUGACGCUACCACGUAAAAAUUUCGGUGUUCGGCUUUCGGUGUUCAGCUUCUGUUGCACUUUACAGUUGCGCAGCACCCUCGCACCCAGAUUUCCGUUCGACGCUCGCACUUUACUCCGGAAGGAAAAGAAUCGGCUAUAUCCAGCAGACACGAAGUGCCUCACGAUGUUUCGCUUCGAGCUUCGAACUUUUUCGCUUCGAGCUGUUUGGACUAUUUGAAGCCAUGGUUGCUCAAUAUCCACUGAUAAUACUGUCAAUUUUUUUCUGUACACAACACGAUUGCUGCGAUUGGCGAUGCACAUAGUUGGGGUCACCACCAGGUGGCGGGGUAAUCGCGCAAAAACUCGCAAAAGUCAGCUCAAUUUUUAAUGCGUACAUUGUUUAUCAUCUGCUUUAUGUCGGAUUUUGGUGAUUGACGAUUCUUUGGGUAUGAUUCAAAACAGGGGUGACAUUGCGAUUCUCGUUUCGAGUGACUUUGGUUCGUUUCGACCACGUUAAACGAAUGAACGAAACGAACCAAAAUCACUCGAAACGAGAAUCGCAAUGUCACCCCAGAGCAGCUAGCAUUUUUGAACUGCAAAUUCUUGUUUUUUUUUCGGGCUACACUGCAGCAGCACUAAUUUUUUUUAGAAAUGUAUAUUCAUCACCGGUUUAUGUCCAUUAAAGAAAGAUUAAUUUUUCAUAUAAUACAAUUAGUUAUUGAUUAUUAUGGCAGCGAAAGCUGUGUAACAUGUUUGAUAAACAUUCGAAGAACCAAUAAUGUCCGUAUUCGGGGAACUGGACCUUGUUUAGUAAAUUGGAGAGGCCAGAGCCGGCGUUUAGCCCGGCAAACCUGUGCGGUCGCACAGAGCCUCACGCCUCAGGGGGGCCUCGCGAUUGGGGAUGACUAAGAGAAAAUGUUAAAAAUUGUAGUGGACAAUCCUUGGCUGCAUGUAACACAAUUGGCUGCUCAGAAUUUUUGCACUCUUUUAUUUAAAUGCAGAGUGUAAAAUGUUAAGAAUAAAUCGAUGAAAUUAGGCCUCGCUGUUUUAGAAAGUCUCGUUACAUAUUUGCCAAACGACUCGACUCUGCUUGCAUGCUGAAUCGAGUAUUCCAUUAAAUAGGCACUUAGCUCUUUUGUACCAUUAACAACACCAGAUCUGAAUGGUAUUCUACCCACUUUCUUACAGAAAAUGGACAGCGUUCUAAUUUCCGAGCUCCCGGUUUCACUUUGGGACAAAUCCCGGGGAAUUGUCGGAAAGUAGGCAGAUACCUAAAGGCAUACCUAAGGCAGAUAAGAAAGAGAAAAUCAUGCAUAAGUCUUUCAGACCAAUAUCUCUGACAUCAACGCUUCUCAAGUUGAUGGAGAAAAUCACGGAUAACUAUAUCCGCAACGAGUUUUUAAAAAACUCCGUUGCAUGGAAAUCGACAUGCAUACCAACACGGUAAAUCAACAGAAACCGCACUGCAGCGCGUAGUGAAGUUAGUCAAGAAAACGCUCAUAUAUCAAGAUACGGUAUUUUGUGCUUUCCUUGAUAUUGAAGGCGCUUUCGAUAACACGCCCUUCGCUUUAUUUAUUAAGGCUGUAAUCAUGUGUGGCUUUCUUUCAAAAUGAAAUCGAUCACACUACAAUGAGCUAGAUUUAAGAAAUGUUUUCGAGCAGAGAAAUCAUAGCGUCAUUGUGAGAAACAUCACUCACGAUUUUGGCGAUGAAAGGAAGUCCAUAAGUAGUUCUCUGCUUCUUGCUUUUGCACUGGAGGCGAACGCAUUCCUUCACAAGCUAUCGCGGCUUGGUUAUGAGACUAUUGCUUAUGCCGCCAGAGGAAAGUUUGACGCAGUGCUACAGCACGUUAUGAUGUUUAGAAUGAUGGCUUAAUAAAAACUACACAAAAAUAGUCGUUAUACCAUUCACUAGGCGAAAAAACAUAUUGUUACUCCCCCUAUACUGAUGUUUUACUGCCAGGCUGAAUUUCAGUAAUGUAUCUGGUAAUGUAUCGCAUCUGGUUGGAAUCAAAUACAGGGUUGUAGACGCAAUCAGGGGACUUCUAACUGGUUCCGCUCUUUAUUAUUUAAAAUAUAUUGGAUGAUGUCGACACCUGCCGCUUUUGUAACUCUGAACUUGAAAGUUCAGCGCAUCUGCUCAGCAAUUGCGGGGCACUUGCUUUAUCUUGUCCGUAAACCGUGACACCAAUCGAAGCCUGUCCCAAAAGACAAAAAAGCACUCGCUGCUUAAUCUGCACAGGGCCUUGCGCGCUGUAACGCCGGCUCUGGAAGAGGAAUCUCUUGCAGAUCUUCAAGCUCCCCUUACAGCCGUCUUCUUUUGCGUUGCUGAUGGUGGUUAGUGGAUGAUUGAGGAUACGAUUCCUCGAUCGGACGCUUGGUUGAGGCCAACCUGCUUUUAGGUCCCAUGUUUCAGCUUAUGUUAGCGAGUUCAAUUCCAAAUAUCUUCAUGCUCCGGUGCUUUUCUUGAAAAUAAUAUUUGUUGUGUUUGUCUGGCAUCGAUACAAUUCUGCUGUUUCCAGUGAUAUUCUCCAUAUCCUUUUGUUUUUUUCUUGUUCAUCCAGAGGCAAUGGCUGUUAGAUUUGUUUUCCGUUUUUACCUUUUUAUGAUGAUAAAAACGUCACUUAGCCGUUUUUCCCAUCAUUCUGGUGGUAACUAUUUUUUUCAACUUUUGCACGGAACUACUGAUAGUAGGUUGCCCAUUGGUGCUCAUUCAAAUUGUUUAUAGGAAUACAUUUAUAGAAGUGAAAAGAGGAUGAGAGAGAGAGCGCAAAAGGUCUCUUUUUAUUCGCAAACCUGAAAAAAUGUUCCGAUUGUGUCUGUGUAGGCUUAUCUUCUUUUGAGCCUUGUUGUUCUUAUAGAGCCAUAACAAAACUGAUAAAAAAAAGCAAAGCCAUGGGUUUAUACCGUCUUUAGACAUUACCCUUCUUUAUCGACAAACAAAACUGAUGCCAUUGGUAAAAAUAAUGUUGUAUGAUUCAUAUUUUUAUUUGCGUGGCAGUUAAAUUUCCCAGUAGCCUUAUUCCGUGAUCGUGGCGGUUCGCAGUUCCUAUGCGUACAUGUAGCUUCCCAAGUGUCGAUCCUUGACACGAUGCAAGCAACUCGGCAAACCAACCCUGUGCAAAGGGCCAAACUUACGAAAGCGGCCCUGUAGUCCCAAAGAAGGUCUCCACGUGUUAGACUACAGCUAAUCGGAGCUAACCCUUUCGAAGCCGUGCCCUGAGUGUUCUGUUGAUUCUUAUCGCUGCUCAGCUAGCAUUUUCAUAUGUAUAUCCAGGAUACAAAUGAGAACACUUUUGUCUCUCUUCAAAUGUCGAAUCCAAAUGAGAAUCAUUUGGCCCUAUGUAUCUCUUGGCUUGUCUGGAUAUAGCCGUGACGCAAAUUCGAUUUUACCGCAGUUAUUUCCUAAGAUUUGGUCCUUAAAGUACGCCCUGGAACUCUAAAAACUGCUGUCUUUUACUAGACUGUCGGCUUUUCAUUUGCUUCAAUACAACCAAGGCCCAAUAGCCGGGCACCCAACAACAUAGAGUUACUUCGUUCCUACUGAUCAAUUGUCUUAAAGAAAGAAUACACUCCCACACUCUACCUGCUAUUGACACGUAAAAAUUUUAAGCGCAUUCAGAGCCGUUUGACCGGCUGAAAAAAUACUGAAAUACUGUUGGACUGUGUCCCAUUUGUAUUACUUCAAAGAUUCAAGAGCCAAAAACUCCAGUUCGCAGUAUUUUCACACAUCUUCAACCCAUCGAACCUGGACUCUGGACGCAAGGUCGGACUCCACCAGACUUCCAAACAUGGAUCUCUAUCAGAGGAAUUGACUAAAGGACUAGUGUAGUGAAAACGGUUAGUUAACAAAAUUAUCGUACUCUUCCUAGGUGAAGAUUAUAAACUAUAAACAAACGUUUGGAGCACCCAUGGGAAUCUAUCUUUUUCCACCUUUUGUGCGUGGAACUUUUUCUGGCAAACAUGGAAAGUGAAUUAGACAACAAUCAACAUAAAAAAGCACCUAUCAGCUCUCUGGCAGUGAUUUUUGGAAGACAUUUUGACGUAGGACUUAGGAUCUUUCAGGAAGGUAGCUGAUAUAGGAGGUCAUUUCAAAAAAUCAAAAAAUGCGAACGUCACGAAAAACUGAUCGGUUUUAAGUGCCAAUAACUUCCAGCCCUUUCCAGAUCAAAUUUCAAUAUUUUUGCGUUGAUCGAUCGGAAAAUCUUCCUCGCAUCAACUCCAACAAAGAAACCAAUUAAUUUCAAAGUAUGCACUAUUGAAAAAUUGAAAAUAAUUAAGCAUUGUCCAACUGGAAAUCCUUGUUUCGAGACUGGUUGGAAAAGACGUCAUCAUAGUUUUAACGUGUUUUGAAAAAAAAAGUGACAGAAUUUCCCCAUCCCAACAGGCCGAAGAUUCUUUACGACGGUUGAACCUAGAACCAAUUUGAUAUCUGUGCUUGGGAAGUAAGCUAGAGCAAAUGACGGUCUCCUGUCAGUGUUGUUUUUGACACACUUACAAACAGAGCCAACCUCCCAGUUGGUCUCAAGGUACGACGCUGGCCUAAUAAGCCACUCGUCGUAUGUUCAAAUCUUGACUGGAAGAGGCUGUUAGACUCAAUAGAAUCGUAGCACUAGCCCCACCAUUGUCCUGUACUCUAACAGCUGGUUGCAAAGUCUGUCGUAGAAAAACAAAAGGUCAAGUUUCGAUAACGGAAUGUAGCACCUAGGCUUUGCUUUUACAAACAGACAACCGGCGAAAUUCCAUUUUUAAUAGACAUAAACGAACGGUGGGGUCCGUUCUUUCAGAGUAUUUUGACCAGGAAAAAUUAAGUAUUACUAAACACAAAAGAUCCAACCGAUUAGGUUGUAAACUGCGGACUUUCGGGUACAGGAGAAUUUUUUCAAAAAUAAAUGUUGAACUCUAAAUGUGGCCAAUUUAGUCGGGAUCGGACUUCUGUUCGAAACACCAUGUCUCAUCUUUCCCAAGAAAAUAUUUUUCAAUUGCGUCCGAUAAGCAAAGCCACAACACAGUUUUUACUAAAUGUAGACCACAACUUUACAGUUUUCGUAAACCAUACUAUUUUUGCAAAAAAAAAACUACUAAGGCGCUUUCUCGUUUUAAGAAGAGAACACUCGAAGACGGCCAAAGUAAAGAUUACAAUCAACUCCACCUCCAUCAAUAGGUAUGAGCGGUCCGUAAACUGUGUACAGCAAUCGGGGCCUGCCACAAAAGACGAUCAUUAAGACUGUCGCAGUGGCCUUUUAACCCAAUGCCCUUCUGGUAUACAAAAAAAAAAAGAUUACAAUUGGCGAUAAAUCUAUUCUGCAUGGGUAGAUUUUUUUUUAUUUUGGGGUAAUUUCUACGAACAAACCAAUGGAGCACCCGUGGGAAAUCCUAUUCCGAUUUUUCUAAGUGAGCUUUACAAAGCAAACUAAAAUUAAAUGAAAAUCAAUAAAAAAAAACCUCUUUCCAACAGUUGAUUAGUUGAUAGAGGUAUGUGAACGAUAAUUUUUCUAAAAUGAGGGAAAUUAUUUCUGCAGUAGGAUCCCCAACCGAAAAAGUAGCAAAGUGGCCAGUCAAAGAGUUUCAAACUAUGCUAAAGAAGUUUCCCAGUCGAUCGGUUAAGAGCAAAAGGGGAUUUCAUCGAAAAUUUGAAUGCCUCAGGUAACAUUAGAGCGGAGGAAAUCAUGAUAUCAUUUGACGUAACGGCUUUGUUCCCUAGUGUUCCCUUGAACGAAGCCGUAAAACUUUUAGAAAAUUGGCUAUUUUUACAACGUAGUGGAAAUGAGUGGAGAACAAAGGUUAAGGGCUACUUAAGAUUAAUCCAACUUUGUGUGGAGGAAAAUUAUUUUGAAUUUAGAGGCAAUUUUUAUAAGCAGAUGAAGGGAGCCCCAAUGGGGAACCCUCUGUCACCUUUCUUAUGUGAGCUAUUUAUGGCAAACAUAGAAAACAAGUUAAAUGAAAUGAAUGUUUUACCAGAUCGCUGGUGGAGAUAUGUGGAUGACAUAUUUUGUAUUUUAAAACAAGAGGACUUUGAAACUUCCAUUCUUAGAGGUUGUUGUCAUAAGGAAUUCCAACAAAUUUGAUUUCGAAAUUUAGGGGAAACCCACUAAUACGAAACGGGUGAUACCUAUCACAUCCAACCACUCAUUUCAAAAUACAGUUGGAUUUCGAAUUUGGCAUGGUUCGAUUUUGGCAACAAAAGUAUUCGUUUUUGGCAACACAAGAUAUUUCACUUCCAAAAAUAUACUUAAAUAUCAAUCAGUUUCCGCAUACAUGCUUUAAAUGACGAAAAAAUGAUGCCCUGAGUAUGUUCAUGAACAAAAGUUAUGUGUUUUCGAACAAUAAUAUUUUUAUUGCCGUAGGACUACGUCUUACCGCAGGGUGUCAAUAACGUAUUUGCACCGGACGGAUAGUUCUUGUCGGACUUUUUAAACAUAAAAUGGUUGCAAUCGUUGAUUAAUGAUAUUUAGUCAACUUUUAAAGCAUUUACAUUAAUUUUUUUCCCAUCGAAAAAGGGUCUCGAUUUUGACAACAUAGGCGACACGCAUUUGUUACCAAAUUCGAAAUCCUACUGUAAAAUGGCCGCAUUCCACCACAUGAUUCACCAUGUGGAAACUCUUCCUUUGAGUAAGGAAGGAAAAGAUAAUGAAUUAAGUUAUAUUUUCGAGAUUGCCAAGCUGAAUGGUUAUAAGAAAGAAACCAUCCAAGCCAUUUUGAAUAAAAAAGGAAAUUAUUACUUCGAAAUUCUUUUACGACACCGACCCCUAUAGCAGAAGAUCUGAAAAGGGUGGCUGUCGAGUAUGAUAGUGGUUUAACACAUCAGCUUCAUACUAAAUUUAAAGAGUAUGGAAUGGAUAUCGUCUACACUAGUAGAAAUAGCCAGCUCCAAACACGAUUAGGAUCCACAAAAGAUCCUAUCGAUAAAUUGAACAAAGCAGGAGUCUACAAAAUUGCAUGUAGUCACUGUGAUAAGAUUUGUAUCGGACAAACAAAAAGAAAUUUUGGAAUCCGAUUCAAGGAGCAUGUUUCAGAAGUAACAAAAGCUAGGAAAGAACUAUAGGAGAUUGAAUUUUACCACUUCAAAUCCAAAGUAGCCGAGCACAUUUUCGAAGAAGAACAUCCCAUUACUUCGGAAAACAUUAACAUUCUUCGCCCUGUCAAUAAUAUUUGGAAGCUGGAUGUGACUUUUAAAUUCGGGUAUCUGUUGAAGCACUGUCAUAUUCGUUGUUCAGUAAAAAUCAAAUGGAGCAGUUUUUUUUUCAUUUUCUCUAGUUGCUAGCAAAUUAAGCAUGUACCUAGUAAUUUAGUUCGGGCCUUUUAUGAGGUUCCAGCAAACUAAUUCCAACGAUAUCAAUACGAAUAGAUAGGUAAUAAUUGGUGCUCUGGUCGCAACACAAUGCCCAAAUUUCCGGCCACCAAAACGGGGAAGUAAAGAUGUGAAAACUUUCAAGAAAUCAAUUGGCAAUUUUCUUUCCUCAACGAAUGGAAUAACCCUAUUUUGACCCCCAGUUUUGAUUCGAAAAUAUCAUUAACUAACUCGAAUUUGACUUUUGAUAGAAAAAUUCUAGAAUAGGACCCCAAAUUAUUUGAAAGUUUAAGGGGAUCUGUUUUGUACUAUUUUAUUCAAACAGAUUGUUAUCUGUGAAAAAAAUGUUCAAAAUAUUUUCCGUAAAAAGAAUGAUCUGUAUUCAUAAAAUGGUAACCAUUUCGUUCCACUACCAGAGCUUCAAGAUUUAAUACUCAAGUGUAGAUCUCAGUGUUUACCUGAUUUAUGAAAUCGAUAAAAUAAUGGGAAAGGUUUACUUACGACUUUCAACCGCAAAAUUGUGAUGUUAAAAGGUGUCAGAGAAUGUUUGGUAGCUUUCUGGAAACCAUUCUCCUCCUCUCCUAUGGUAAAAGUUUUUUUUAAGAGAUUCACUUUAAAGUUUCUGGUUGCGCCCUAUAAAGCAGAAAAAGUUUCACAAUUAGAUACAACGGCACUCGCCAAUACAAAACCGAAACUAACAUCAGAUGAUUAGCAACUGCAAUUUGAAGCUUUUAAAUCUUGAGUAAAAUUAAUUAAACCAAGUUGAAAUAAUUUCUUCGUUUAACGUUGAGGUGUUCCACAACAAACAGAAGUCGAUUUGACAGUUUUGGUGGCACAGCCUACUACUACUAUCCUAGUAUGCCUUCUACUACACUAGCAAAAGUUAUUUAGUGAAUUAUUUCCUAUGAAACAACAAACGAACUGCUAUUUUCGCUCCAUCAUCUGUCACUGUGGAAAGGAUAUAGAAACUUGUUAUCAUCGCUACUCCCCCCUAUUAAAACUCGCUCUCCAGGAACGAACCUCCCAGUGUGCUCCUCCACCUCCUCCCGCUACCGAGCAUCCCAUUCUAAACCGACAGGACGAAUCAACUAAAUAUAUACACACACACACACUAUCUAAUUUGAGUGCCAAGCUACUAAAUACAGAAGAACAGCAAAAGAAUAGACACAAAGAAGUUAGUAAAACGCGGAUUUCUCUCACCAGCAGCGAAAAGCGAAAACCCAUUUCCACAUUUACUAAUGUGGCAACGUCGUUGUAGCGCAGCAAAAGAAAAACGGCAAAUGCACGGUCUGGAGAACAACCAAAUUACUACAAGAAAAACAAAAACAACAACAAAAACAGAAACAACCAAUUUUUUACUUCGGAAAAAUCAUUGUAGUCGAGAAAACUGUCUGUCAUUUUGGAAAAAAGAAACAAAACAAAACCAAACACACCGGAAGGAAAUGGAAAAGGGUUUAAAAACAGUGGAUGAAUAAGAAUGCAGGAUAGAUUACAUACAUACAACAAGAACAACAACAAAUUAAAGAAAAGCAUAAUUAUAUUAUUAAUAAAGGUAAUAUUAAUAAAUAAACAGAUAAUGAUGAUGAUGAUUAAACAGAUAAGAGAAAAAGAAAAAAAACACAUACACACACACUGUAGUGCCUGUUCCCAAAAAAUCAAAGAUAUAAAGUUAAAAAAAAAAACAAAAUGCGAAGAGAGAGAAAGAGUAAAAGGAAUAAAAAAAAAGAGAGAGAGAGAAAGAGGAGAAGUGCGAGAGAAGUUUUUUUCCGUUUUGACGAAAACACAGAUGAAGUUUAGUGCUCUGGCAAACGUACCGUAGGGCGUUAGGAAUGUACACCCUUUUUGUUGUGCUCCUCAUUAAGUUCCGGCUCUAGAGCGUUGCACCACUACCACCAGCACCACCACCACCACCAUACCAUGAUGAUUGUAGUAGAUGAGUUUCGUUUUUUUCGUUUUCUUUCUUGGUUUCGUUUCGUUUCUAAGACUAGACAGUCGCGUUUCUAGAAGCCCCGAAGUUGCGUAGUUGAGCAAAAACUGAGAUGAAAUAAGAAAAAAAACACAGAGUAAGUAAAACUAAGAAAUACUUUUUAGCUUAUUGUCUUUACCCGUUAAGGAAGAGUAAUAAGAGUUGAAUAAGAGCAGAAUAAAACAGACAUUUGAUGAUACUGCACACAUACACAUACACGCAGCGUUAGUUUUUAGAGCGAGCGGUGAACUUGUGUCAGGAUCGUCACCUGUGUUCUCUGUUCAGAGCCUCUUUUUUCUUUAUUCGAAAAAUGAGAAAAAAAAUUCUUUGUCUGAUCUUGCAGACCAAGAAAGCAAGCAAGGUAAAGCGAGUAAAAUACACAUACACAGUUGUAGAAAAACAUCGCUUUUUGUUACAUUAAGCAUAUUUAAUCCGAUCUAAAACGCUAACACACACAGACACACGGAACAAGUGAAAUCGAUUUUACUUAGCAUCAUACAUAGCAUAACAGGUACGAAGAGCAUCGUUUUGAUGGGAGUAAAAAAGUGUAGAUAAAGUGCAAAAGAAAGAAAAAAAUAUGAAAAACUAUAUUUUUCAAUCGAUUAAAAAACCACAAAGCGAAGAGCGAACAAGUUGUUUAAGUUGUUUACCACUUUCAAUUUUUUUACACAGAGCAAGCAGAGCAGAAGAGAAGAAGAAGAAGAAGCAGAAGCAGAAAGAGUACUACAAACAAAAGAAAAAAGGCAAAACAAUUGAAAUUGAUGUUAUGUUAAAGUUUCUCUUAAAUAAAGUAAGACAGGUUAAGCAAACAAUAAGCAAACAAAAAAUAAACUGGAUUAUUUACAGCAGUUCUAAUCAUUGAUUUAUUUACACAAUAACAGAAGCAUAACAGAUAGGCAGAACGCUGAGAGCGAAAUAGUUACUUGUUAGCUCCUCAUCCGCGCGAGAAUCCCUUCCCGCAAAACAGGAAAUAAAACUCCUCCACAAAUGGAAACGUUUACAAACACAAAUACGCAGAACAAACCGAGAAUUGAAACUAAACAACACACACAGAAUUAUUCACGUGAAACAGGCUGGACUGGAGACGUAACGUCAGUUUCAAUUAGUUUUUAUAAAAUGAAUGAAAACUAUACAAAGUAAAAAAGAAGAAGAAGAAGAAGCAAAUCGUACAGAAGAGACUCCUCACAAACAAAUGAAAUGAAUAACUAUAUCACUCUCUUUUUGGGUUUCAAGCAUGUCCAUUUGAGUUUCAACUAUGUUAUAAGUAGGAAUUCUCGAAAGAAAACAAAAAAAAAUACACUCUAGAAAUGACCAACAUUGACUUCCACUGCUUUGAUGCGAUAUAAAAUUAUUGAAACAAAAAAAAAUAAACAUAAAAAUACAACAAACUUUUAGCUGCCUUUAGACCCAAAAAAAUUGAAUGAUACAUUCAUACUCACUCUCACAACACACACACCCAAAAAACACACGAGUUGAUGAUUUCUUCUUUAAGUUAGGAAACAAACAAACAAAAAAAGUAUAUUAAAAGCACAUUGAAAAAAACCCUAAAGAAAAAAAAACUAAAUGGACAUGUAAUCAGCAAAACAAAGAAAAGGAAAGCGCAGCAAAAACAAUGCGACACGACAACAGUAACCAACAAAAAAAAACAACAACAACAACAACCAGAUCAGAUCGACACCCACACACACGCACUUGGUUGCAGCAAGCAAGUUAUGAGAAUGCAGAAUUUGAUACAAUUUUAAAUGAUGAAAGCCGAAAGAAAUGAAAUAAAAAAAAACAACAAGAACAUGGAGAGCAAACAAAUUUAAAAUGCAUAUCAUAGUUGUAAAAAAAAUCCAAUUUUGACGAAGUAAGAAAGAAAAAAAAAACAUAAAGAAAACGCUGUAAAAAUAUUAUAAUUAUUAGAGACGAUGAUAAACAGAUGAAGAAAAAAUGAA